AUGGUACCACAUCUUCAAGGCUUCGCACAUGUACAGACAAACCCAACAUUCCCGGAUGAUAUGGAAAAGACUGUUGAUAAUGCCCGACGUAUCAUAAGCCACGUGAACGCCAUAGAUCCUCGAGCUGAUGCGAAAAGGAUCUGUAUCAAGGUUCCGAGCACUUGGGAAGGCCUCCAAGCUUGCCGUAUCCUGGAAGCCGAAGGCAUUGCAACGCUUGCCACAACGCUUUUCACAAUGCCCCAGGCCGUGUUGGCUGGAGAGGUCAAUUGCACGUACAUCGCACCGUACGUGUACGAUCUGAGAGUGCAAGUCGACGAAUCGUAUAAAGACAUCAAUCCGCUCUUUCAACUUCCAGCGUCUGCUCAAGGAUACUACAAAACGCACAAUUACCGUACCAAAGUCCUCCCAGCUAGUCUGACGACUCCAGGCGACGCAAUGAGACUUGCUGGAGUAGAUCAUAUGACAGUUGCUCCGAAAAUAUUGCGAGAGCUGAACGAGAUGAAGUUCAACGCGGACGAAACGGCUGCAACAAAGUCGAUGUUUGACGAGCCACCUCAAACUCAAUGGGACACCGUGCAUUUCGGAAAGGACGAAGAUUUGUUCAGGAAAUUACAUGAGAAGGAACAUCAAGAUGGGAGACUACAGGCCCACUCCCUUGAAGAAGCUACUAUCGCAGUCUAUUGGAGAGCAAAAGGCAGUAACUUGAUCGAACGACCCAGUGGUCGCAUAAAAGAUCGUGAUGUCAUCCCGCAAAGGAAAACAGAUGGAAGUCUCAACGGUUUCCCAUCAAAGAUCAAUUACGCUGCAGGACUACAGUGCUCCCUCAUGGCAGUCAAAUCGCCUCCCUGGGGCCUCAGAUGGCGAUCUAGCACCUUAUUCAUCUGCAGUACUGUCGGCAUUGGCCUGUUCACCGACCUCUUCCUCUACGGCAUUGUCGUCCCUAUUCUUCCAUUCAUGUUGACAGACCGUGUCCAUCUCCCACAUGAUCAAAUACAGCGCCAUGUAUCUGGCCUCCUCGCAGCUUAUGCGGGAGCCAGUGUUUUCUUUUCUCCAGUGGCUGGCAUCAUCGCAGAUCGCUACUCAAAGUCUCGCCAAUUGCCCUUCCUACUGGGCCUCAUCGCUCUCCUCCUGGCUACCAUUAUGCUUGGGGUCGGAAAGUCUAUACCCGUGCUGGCAGUGGCAAGAGUCCUACAAGGGAUCAGUGCGGCCGUAGUGUGGACCAUUGGGCUUGCAUUGGUCCUUGACACUGUCGGCCCUGACAGGCUGGGAGUCAUCAUUGGAUCCAUCUUUGGUUUCAUAUCCGUUGGAGAGCUCGCGGCUCCAGUACUCGGGGGCGUGUUAUACUCUAAGGCGGGUUAUGGAGGGGUGUUCGGCCUCGGAGGAGCCAUCCUCGCCAUUGACUUUAUCAUGCGGAUUCUCCUCAUUGAGAAGAAGGAAGCGAAAAAAUACAUGCCAGACGAGGAUAGGCAAAGAGAUGGCAACGCGGACGAAGAGCAGACGAAUGGUACAGAAAAUGACGAAGAGCCUGGAGAAGAAGACCCAUUACUCAAGAAAGAAGAUCCGGAUCGGUUCAAGGUGCCAGAGGGACAACCCAGAGCCGUCCGCUCAUUCCCACUGCUUUACUGCCUCAAGGACCCGAGACUGCUUGUUGCUCUGCUCCUCGCCCUCAACCAGGCUACACUUCUUGCUACGUUUGAUGCUACAGUGCCUACUAUUGCUCAAGACUACUAUGGAUUCUCCUCCCUCGAAGCCGGUGUACUGUUCAUAGCGUUGGUCCUUCCAUACUUGAUCGGUGGGCCUGUGGCAGGCUGGAUCGUGGACAAGAGAGGGCCAAAGCCUGCUGCUGUGAUUGGCUUUGGCUACCUGGUGCCUGUCUUGAUCUUGCUGCGGCUUACUACCCCAGGCGGGAAGCAUCAGAUCAUGAUUUACUGUGUGCUGCUUGCAUUGAAUGGCAUUGGUCUUGCGGUGAUUGGCUCGCCUUCAGUAGUCGAAGCAUCAUAUGUGGUGCAGCAAUAUGAUAAAGCCAACCCUGGCUUCUUCGGAGCAAAUGGACCAUAUGCGCAGCUCUAUGGCCUCAACUCGAUGGUCUUCAGCGCAGGACUGACCCUGGGGCCAAUCAUCAGUGGAGCCCUCAAGGAUUCGAUUGGCUACGGAAAUAUGAAUCUGGCGGUAAGCAUCAUCGAUCUUGUAUAUGAAUCUUAUUGUAUGGUGGAGGCGCUAAACGGUCUGACAGGUAGCGGCCCUGUGCUUGGUGACUGCGACACUCUCUGGUUCCUGCAUCAAAAGUCUCGUUUGCAGGAGUUCCGGUCUUCGAAAUGGUUCAUCUACAUCGUCAUUGACCUUGCUGUCUUCACAGAUGCCUAUUUGUACGGUCUCGUCAUCCCGGUAUUGCCAUUUGCUCUCACGAAAUACAUCCACAUUCCUCCAGCGGACGUUCAGAAAUGGAUCGGGGUUUUUGUAGGAGCAUAUGGCGGCGGCUUGCUCAUCAGUUCCCCUAUCGCCGGUUACCUCGCCGAUAAUUGCAAGUCCCGACGUCCGAUCUACAUGCUUGGUUUGAUUGCACUCGCAAGCGCAACCUUCAUCUUGGCCAUCGGCCGUUCCGUCACCGUCCUUAUCAUUGCUCGACUCGUCCAAGGUGCAUCAUCAGGCGUUGUACACUGCGUGGGAACAGCUAUCCUUGCAGAUGCGGUUGGACAAAAUGGGAUUGGACCCGCAAUGGGCUGGGUCACUUUCAUGAUCGCUCUCGGAAUGGUCACCGGUCCUGUCGCUGGAGGAGCAAUAUAUCACAGCUAUGGCUAUAAUGCUGUGUUCUUCUCCGCCUUCAUUGUGAUAGCUCUCGAUUUCGUGUUCAGGAUUCUCAUGCUUGACCCAAAGCAAGAGGUAGCUUUACUCAACGAAGACAUUCCUCACCAUCCUAUCGCCAAUGGAAGCGCGAUCCAACAAGUCUACGGAACCUUCCACGACGCCGAACCCCCACAGGAUUUCCGGCGGGCAUCCGACUCGUCCCCAGGCGAGGAAAGCUCUGAAGCCUCGCACUGCAGCUCAUAUACAUCAGACACUUCUCACGAGUCUGAAGAAGUAAAUUCCCCUUCCUCUUCAGAGAUUACUUCUCACGGAUUCCAACAGUUUGACCCGUUGCUCGAACUACACGCCAACAAGACCACAUCCACAUUCCGCCUCCCUGUCUUCUUCGAGCUUCUCACCAUGCCCCGAAUCCUCACAGCCCUCCUUGGCGCCUUCAUGGAAAGCUUCGUCCUCACAGAAAUUGAGACCAUCCUCCCCCUCUACAUCAAAAACCUCUUCAAUUACAAUUCCAAAGAGGUCGGCCUCGUCUGCGUAUUCCUUCUCCUUCCCAGCAUCAGCUCCCCGAUCCUGGGCGCCAUGACCGACAGAUUUGGGGUCAAGAUCAUCGUGUCACUCGGCUACACCUUCUUGUGCCCGUUCUGGAUCCUGCUGCGUCUGAUCAACACCGAUGGCGUCGCUAGCCUCGUCGGUCUUUGCGUUCUCCUCUUCUGCAUUGGGCUAGCUGUUGACAUGGUUCUGACCCCUGUAUUUAUUGAGACGAAGGAGGCGGUGGAUGAGAGGAUGGAACAAGAGCCUGGCGUUUUCGGUGAGAAGGGAGUGUAUGCGCAGGCGUACGCGCAGAUGAAUAUGGCGUAUGCGGCUGGAAGCCUGCUGGGACCGGUGCUGGGGAGUGCGCUGGUAGAAGAGAUUGGGUGGGAGAAUGUGACUUUGUUGACGGGUAUUGCUUGCGCCUUGUGUGUGGCUCCGAGCUUGUAUGCACUAGGAGGGAGAAAGAGGAAGAAGGGGAAGGGCAAGGGAGUGGCUGGGUUUGAUGGUAAUGCAUAA